UGUCUCUGUCAGUUACUUCCCAGCCUGGUUUGAGAGUAGCAGCCGUUCAGGCGACAUCCUUCCUGCGUGCGUUGGUGUGCGGGAGGACGGAUCUGCGGGACUGAGCCGCCCUCUCUUCGCCUGCUCGGCUCUCUUUUCCCACUUUAGUUUUUAAUUUGUUUGGACCUGUUUAGUAUGAGAGCAUCCAUCCCAGCUCCUUUGAUUUCUUUCAUCCACACAUCUGCUCAUUUUUUUCAUUUUGACCAUCCGACCUCAUUGUUCCAUUUUUGUGCUGCUGUCACCCACAGUUCGCCCUCCACCUCCAGCUCCAGCUCCAGCUCCAGCUCCAGCUCCAGCUGAAAGCGGAAUAUCUCAGCCUCCUCUGGUCCUGGCUCUGCUGCUGUUCGAUGUUGGCUCUUUUACGCAGAGGGAUUUAUAUUUGUGUGCGGACCCCAGCUCUGCUCCUCUCUGAAGGAUGUAUCUCAGUGGCUUGAAGUGUUGCGCUCUGAGCGGGGGAGAAUAUUAACGCGCUGCGCCCUGAAUGAACAGCCUCCGUGCGCCUUCGCUUUUUGGAGCAGGUCUCUCUCUGCUGGAGAUGCUCUGAUCGGGGCUUGUUGGGUCCGUAUGCACUGGAUCGGGAUAUAAUCUGAAGAUUUCUCUCCUGAUUAUUUUUCUCCCUUUUUGUGCGUGGACACACACGUUUGUUCCCCUCUGAGACGGAGUGUGCACCCAUCCAUCCGGGAGGCGCGCAGGCUCACCAUGGGGGACUCGAUGUGGAGAUAUUAUUUUGGGGUUUUCUUCCUCGCCUUUGAGCUGGACUUGUGUCGGCCGCUCAUACUGGAGUCCAUCUACUGGAACACGACCAACACCAAAUUUGUUCCAGGCCAAGGCGUGGUUUUGUACCCGCAGAUCGGGGACAAGCUGGACAUUGUGUGCCCCCGAGUGGAUGGCGGGGUGGGCGACGGCGUGGAAUAUUACAAGGUGUACAUGGUGCCCAGGGAGCAGCUGGAGAGCUGCACCAUCACCAAGGCCGACACACCGCUGCUGAACUGCGUGAAGCCCGACCAGGAUGUGAAGUUUACCCUGAAGUUUCAGGAGUUCAGCCCGAACCUGUGGGGGCUGGAGUUCUUCAAGGGAAGGGACUACUAUAUCAUUUCUACAUCCAAUGGCACCAUGGAGGGCAUCGACAACCAGGAAGGAGGAGUGUGCAAGACCAAGUCCAUGAAGAUAAUCAUGAAAGUGGGCCAGAAUCCCUCUGACCCCGUUUCACCCAAAGACAUCCCUACGAGAACAACUUACAAACCCGGGUCACCAGAUGACGACAGGGAGCGAAAUGAAGUUCAGGAGAAACAAGGCAAACCCAAAAGAGAAGGUGGAGGAUCCAACAGCAAUGACGGAAAGUCGUCCAGCGCCAUCGGCUCCGAGGUGGCCAUCUUUGUGGGCAUCGCCUCGGGUGGCGUCAUCUUCAUCGUCAUCAUCGUCAUGCUGGUUCUGCUGCUGUUGAAGUAUCGACGGCGGCACCGCAAACACUCACCUCAGCACACAGCCACGCUGUCGCUGAGCACGCUGGCCACGCCCAAACGGAGUGGAGGUGGCGGCAACAACAAUGGCUCGGAGCCCAGCGACAUCAUCAUCCCACUCAGGACUGCUGACAGCGUCUUCUGCCCACACUACGAGAAGGUCAGCGGGGACUACGGACACCCGGUCUAUAUAGUUCAGGAGAUGCCGCCUCAGAGCCCAGCCAACAUUUAUUACAAGGUCUGAAGUGGAGAACUGGGAAAACGCAGGACCCAGAUGAAUCCACGGACAGAGCGGAGUUUUCCUUCCCGCUCUCUCUCUCUGUCAACUCCUCCUCCUUUCCUCUGAUGUUUUGUCACUAGUCGUUUGCUCUCUGAGUUUUGCUCUUCGCUUCGGUGUAGUCACAGUCAGUGCAGAUGAGACGCGUAGAGAAGCUGCUGCUCGCUGGGAAGCAGAGCAGACAGUCUCUUCUUCCCUAGCAGGGUUUUAAAUUUCGUCCACUGCGGCCGGCGUUCUGAGUGGGACAGACGGAUUUAUGGAUGUUAUGUAAGGUUUCUGAUGGUGUAAGAGGAUGACAGGUCAGUGGAAGAGGGACUACUGUUUGAAAAUGAGACCUUAAAUGGAUUUGAUGAUGGAGUUAAAGUAGGAAGUGGGCGGAGCUUGAACUCAGACGAUGGCUGCCCUCCUCUGACGCCCACGGGCCACAGAGACUGACCGGAUUUACCAGCUGGAUGCAGAGAGAUUCCCACACCGGACUUCUCUGGGACCUUUCCUGAUUGACUCACGGAGAUCACCCACUCACCUGUCCACCCACAUGAUUACCAUCACACAUAAACACUCACGUGUGCACAGAAACAGACUCACUGGUCAAUGUGACGUGUUGUUGAUCACAGCAUUUCUCCUCAUCCUCAGCUCAGUUUUCUUUCAUGUUUUACUUGAAGGUUUAGAGAAAACGAUUCAUUCUCUUUUUGUUCCACAUUUACUGGUUUUGUUCAUAUCUGGUUUUUAUACUCUGGUAUAGUUUGAGUGCAGAUAGAGUUUUUUCUUUUCCCGAUUGUCAUAUGUGUCACUGAACCUCACGCGUGGCAGCAGCUCACUUAAAAACAGGAGGAGGUGGACUCUGCAGAGUGGAGGACUUUUAUCUUACAUAGUGCAGCACUUUUAACCCCUCCUUUUUACUUUAGUCCCUCCACUCUCCUCAGUGGUCCACAGCGAGAGACGCAGUGGUAUCUGGAGAUGAGAGAGCCUCUGUAUCCCGUCAGCGGCUCGCCUCUCAGACCUGGAAGGCCUUUGGGGCAAUAUAAAUCCAGUUCGCCUUACUGCUGUAAGACCUUGUGGAGGUUAGAGUAGCUGGCUGAAAUGGUACUAGGUACUGUAAUGGGAACCCCCAGGGGUCCAGUGAUGACUAAGGGUACCCUAAGGGCCCAAAAUUCAGCCUGACCGGUGCUUUUCUGUUUUUUUCUGCAAAGCACAGAGACAUCAGCUUAAACUUUUACUGUUAUCAGUCUCCAUUAGCAUUUCCUUCCUGUGAGUCUUGUUUUUUUUUAUUUUUACUUCAAAUAGAUGUACAUUACAAAAGGACAUUAAAAGAUGAAAAAAUACAAAAAUAAGAUGAUUAAAUUUAUUUAUGAUAGACACAGAGCACAGGUGUUGUCAGACGGUAUGGAGAAGAAGAAACUAGUUUUAAUAUAUAAGUGGUAUAAGUGCACAUUAUGCAAUCUAGGUUUUGAUUAUUUGAUAUCUUUAGAGCCGCCCAGUCCUGGGAAGGAGAACCAUGGGUGGACAGUUGGUCCUGGCUCCAGCUGCGAGUUAUCCCAACCCAAAAUGACGUGAAGAGUAGCUGUUCCCACAAUCACCUAGUGUGCCCGAUUCUCCUCAUACACACUCUCCAUGUUCCCCAUGCAUGUAUGUGGUCUAAUGUGUGCGUCAGUGACUUCAUUAACACCAGGCUUAGAUCUUAGCAGUGACUUAGGCCUCUCCCCGAGCAUUUUUCAGCCCAUUAUUCACAUCCUCAUCGAUUCAUGAGCAUCAAAUUUCACCGAAAAGCCAAGCCUUGUAUUAUCUGAGGUUUGUGCCUCUGAGAGGCUACAAAAUCUGCAAAUAUGCAAUUCUUAUUUAUUUUUUUAAUCAAUUCUAAAAGAAAAAAGUGUUCUUAACCACUGAAAGAUGUAACAACAAACCAACAUAACAAAACUAGCAGAGUGUGUCUGUCUGUUUUUUAUUUUUCCUUUUUUCUGUUUCGACUACGUGCUGUAGUACAAACUGUGAAAAAUGAAACCAUGAAAAAGCAUCAGUAACAGAACCGGACAAGUGUUUAAGGUGGAUAAAAAAAGACACAAACAGAAAAAUGGCUUUUUAGUUGCUUUCUGUCUGCGGCAGAAUCUGACAAUCUCCUUAGUUUCUUUGAAUCUGGCGUCCUUUUCUUAGCUGCCACUCGUCUAAAGCUCUCCAGCGUCUGAAAUGUUGUCGCGAUGCUGUGGGGGUCUUCAGCCGGCGGGCUGAGAGAAGCACCUCAGGCGACUGUAAAAUGCCUUGCUUGUAUGGUCAGCCCUUGGUCACUUGACUCAGUAAAUUUGCACCGUACUUCUGUAGGUAAGAACCUGUAAAUACAUUAAUGUUUGUAUUGUAUAUGGAUCCUGGGUUGUUACAAUAGCCUUAUUCACCUUUGUAGGAAAGUAAGUGAAAAAAAGAAAAAGUGAAUUACACUUCAGUAAAACAGAGCAUACUACUUUUUUGGUAAAUAGCUUAUGUAAAUAUUGACCAGAACCCAAUAAAAACAUUUUUUAUAAACUCUUAAAGUAAGAUGUUUUGUAUAAAAUUUGAAUUUUUUGCAAUGUAUUUUAGCUAGCGCCCUAAGGAAAGCCCGUGUCCUCCCCACUUCCUCCCGUUUUGCACUGUUUCCAUGGUAAUUUGGUUUAAAAAAAAAGAGAAAAGUUGCCAAACCGACUGCUGCAUAUUUGUGCCAUAAGUGUGUACCAUAAAUAUUUAUUAAAUUAGUUUGUUUUUUCUCUCUCUCAUGUUCCGUUGAUGAUUUUAUUUCAGUCCAGUUUGUAAGUAACAGUAUUAUAUUUGCAUCAUUUAUCGUCUGCCCCAGUUUUAUUUUGUCAUGUCAUGAUUACAGCUGCUUCGUUCCUGGCAGUGUCAGAAGGCCCAGAUUGUGAAGAAAAGAAAAACAUUUUAAAUUCAAAAUUUUUAAUUAAUUUCAAAUAGGAUAAAUGACACACAUUCCACCAGUCUGUUACAAACUGAAAAGGUUUUUCAAUAAAAUGUUUUUCCUAUGGA